AUGACCAUCCCAAGCGGCAGCGCUCUCGUCAUAUCCAAACAUUGUUGUGUCGUCGCUUUCGUGUCUUCCCCAGGCGUCGCACUCGCCUUCUACCACUACACCACUCUUCCGUAUCGCAUGCGACGGACCGAUGUCUGCGCCGUAAUUAUCCCGAGAACCCGAAAGUUCCCCGGUAACUGA